CUCCCCUUUUCCACCUGCUGUCCAAAAUAAGAUUUUCAAUCCUUCUCUUUCUCUCUCUCAACAGCGAAAAUAUCAAACACUCUCCACACUUCACUUUCCUCUCAGACAAUUUUCGCUAGGUGAAGUCUGAGAUUUCAAAGCGUUCUCGAUUAAAAGAAUCACAGGGUUAAUCUAGUUGAUUUCGGUCAAUCAGUGUUAUAUCUUGCAGUCGAGGGAAUGUUUGUAUAGUUUACGAUAAAACGAAGUAUUGGCAAUGAGUAGUUCUAGAAGGUGCUUUGAUGUUUGUGAAGAUAAAAAUAGAGAUAGAGUAGUGCGUGGCGAUGGAAUGGAUAGUCUUGAUCAUGAAAUUGUGCAACUCACAAGGGUUUGUUCUAGUCCCCAUCCGGGGCUCUGUGGGGCCAGACCUGGCAAGGUGACUUUACAUGUUUCACCAGUGAAAAUGUUAGGAGGCAGGGAAGUAAAUUAUAAUGGGAGAGGUAGAUUCACUUCGGCUGAGUGCUGUCAUGUUUUAAGCCGGUAUUUGCCCGUUUAUGGUCCUUCAGUAGUAGAUAAAAUGAGAAGUUGCGCAUAUGUAUCACAGUUCUCUGCUGAUGGUUCUCUAUUUGUCGCAGGUUUUCAGGAUAGCGAUAUUAAAAUAUAUAAUGUUAAUCGUGGGUGGAAAGUUCAGAAGGUCAUCCGUGCCAAGAGCUUGCGAUGGACAGUCACAGAUACAUCACUUUCGCCGGAUCAACGUUUUCUUGUUUAUUCUAGUAUCUCACCUAUUGUUCAUAUUGUUGAUGUUGGAUCCGGUACAAAAGAGUCUGUCGCUAAUGUUACGGAAAUUCAUGAAGGUCUAGAAUUUUCUUCAGAUGUUGAUGACUAUGAUGAUUAUUCUUUUGGAAUCUUCUCUGUUAAAUUUUCAACAGAUGGGCGAGAACUUGUAGCUGGCAGCAGUGAUGAUUCAAUCUAUGUUUAUGAUCUUGAAACAAAAAAACUAAGCCUUCGAAUCGAUGCUCAUAAGUCUGAUGUUAAUGCUGUAUGCUUUGCUGAUGAAACCGGCCACCUCAUAUAUUCUGGGAGUGAUGAUAACCUUUGUAAGGUUUGGGAUAGACGUUGCUUUGCUUCUGAACAGAAAGCAGCUGGGGUCCUCAUAGGCCAUCUAGAAGGCGUAACAUUCAUAGACACUCGUGGAGAUGGCCGUUAUCUUAUCUCAAAUGGGAAAGAUCAGGCAAUCAAGCUCUGGGAUAUCAGAAAAAUGUCUUCUAAUGUGAAUUACACUCCUAGGCCUCGAAAGUAUGAUUGGGAUUACAGAUGGAUGGACUACCCUGAGCAUGCAAGAAAUAAGAGACAUCCUCAUGACCUGUCAUUGACUACAUACAAAGGGCAUUCAGUCUUGCGUACACUGAUACGCUGCUACUUUUCUCCAGCGUAUAGCACGGGGCAAAAGUAUGUCUACACUGGAUCGACUGAUUCUUCUGUUUAUAUUUAUGACCUGGUGAGUGGUGCACGAGUUGCAAGGCUAGACUUUCACGAAGCACCCGUACGAGACUGCAAUUGGCACCCUUUCCUACCCAUGUUAAUCAGCUCCUCGUGGGAUGGUGUCAUCGCAAACUGGGAAUUUCCAGGUAACGGGGAUAGCCCUGUACCAGUAAUGCGGCCCAGAAGAUACAGGCAACCACAACUGAUAUGGUAAGCCAUAGCCACUUCUGCAUCUCUCUCAGACAACACAAAAUGUUUCCAAAAUCCUAAAAUUUAUAGUCUUAAUGUAAUAUGAAUUUGUGUACUUUCAAAACGUGUUCUGAAUCUUAACAGUAUAUUUCUUACCAGCAUGAAUUGCGCUGCGAGCCUUGGCCUAUGUUUAACAUUUACUUGUCCCUAUAUACAUAUACGAACAUACAUGUAUAUAUUUAUACCAAGGUCUAGUAAUAAAAAGUUCAUAUUCUUGUA